AUGGGCCGACUCCCAGCGGGCCUUUGGGCCCUAAUAUUCCUCGUGCUCGCCAUUGUGAGCAUCGCUAGCUUCUUCUUCUUCCAGCAGCAGAAGAAGAAGAAGGAGAGCGAGGAAAAGAAAAAGCCCAAGGUGGCCGAAGAGUCCCGGCUGGUUGGAGGACUCCCGGAUGAAGAUUCCCGGGUGAUUGGAGAGUCCCGGGACCUCCAAACGGCUCUCACCAUGAACUGGCUCCGUGAGAGAGAAGUUGUGGAUCAUAAAGGCGGGAGCACUCCCAUCCCAAUUCUAUUGGAGGCUCUCGACCCGGGCGUCCCUCGGCCAUCCUCAGCCGACCUGGAGUGCGGCCCUGUCAGAUUCAUCCUCCCUCCCGCGGGCACCUCAAUCCCGCGACCUGCAACUCCUCCCCCGGUCAUCGUGGUGGCUCCCUCGGUGACGGCAGCGGCACCUCCGACCAUCCCACCAGCCAAAACUGAGCUGACCCCCUCAAACAUCUCGGCAAAAAACCCAUUGUCGUGA